AUGGAUAUUGAUGAUUUUUCGCCAAAUAAAAAAUUGGAAUAUUCCCAAACCGCUACUUGUGCCAGUAAUUUUGAAAAAAAUAUCUUCAAGGAUAAGUUGAUAUCAUUUCUAUCCAAUACCCGUCCAUACUUGAGGCUUAAAGAGUUCGAUCUAAUUUUAUCCAAUCUUUAUGGCCUCCCUAGGCUUGAAGUUGUCAAUUUGUUCAGCUCAGUGUCCAAGGAACUGACCAGUAGGAACAUUUCCGUUAGGAAACUAUACAAACUUUCAGCUGCUUGGAUUUACUGUACCAAUACUACGCAAAUAAAGAAGUAUCCGAAUUUGAAGAAUGAAAGGCUACUCAUUUGGUGUUAUACAGGAUUGUUCAACAACAUUAAUGUGGCACUUAAGUAUCUACUGUAUCUACUAAGGAAAGAUUCCGUCGGUGUCAAUUCAAUUCACAAUUUUUACAGAAAAUUGUGCAAUGAAUAUAAUAAAUAUACGACUGUUGAUGAUCUACUUGACAUGGUUCCGAAGAUCCAAAUAGACAGCAACUGCGACCGGAUUACCUGCUGUCUAAUAUAUUUUUUUGCCAAUACUUUCAAAUAUUACAACAGUUAUGUCUAUAGUAAAGAUAACUUUGCUGAUAUAGACGAAAUACACUCCAAAUUGUAUCUAAGAUUGCAAAGUGAGAAGUGCCCGUGCUGGAAGAAACUAAUAUUAGCACUGAUAAAAAUUUAUCUAUCCAUGGGCCAAGAUACUGGAAAAUUGAUAGAUAAAUUUGGAAUAACUACUGGCGAAUCUGUUUAUUAUAAUAACAUAAUAAAAGCGUGUAGCCACAAUACUUUGCCAGAAUUAGAACGCGUGAAUUUGAAGGAGGUGAAGAGGAUCAUUAGAUACUCCAAAGAAUGGAUGGUCUUAUUGACUGAAUCCAAUGAAACAAUCGAGGGACUAAUCAACAAUAUAACAUUGGCCAGAAAUGUCUUGUUUACGCUGAAAGAAAUUGAUAUAUUUGAUAAGGAUGAGUGGAUAGCAUCUGGCAUUUGGGCCCUGGCACUCAUCUCAGGAAAUCAUAUAGUGAGGUCCACAACGACCAAAAUGGUGGUUAGUAUACAAGAACUCUCAAAUCCAAUAGCAGAAGUAUCUCUGGAUUUAUUGUUGUACGAAAUGUUAAUUGGAAUACUACGCUAUGUACAAACCAAAAUGCAAGUGUUAGCUCGCAGUGGCUUGGUGACUUCAUUUAUCGCAUUUCUGUUAUGUGGAUUGUCGCAAUAUUGGCAAAUAAUGGAAUUCGCCGAUGCAGAAAUUGUUGGGAAACUACUUUUGCACUUUAUACCCAGUAUAAAUCCAAACGGCGAGUACAUCUAUUCGCAGAACCAAUCCACUCUUAUACCGGUAGAGGUGUUAGUUAAGAGUGCACUAAAAAUAGCGCUUCCCGAAUAUAUCCUAGAAGCAUCUUUCACAUUUAUCCAGGUCAGACCCACAGAUUUGUCAAAGGGCGAGGCUUAUUUGCAAAGAAUGGCCUACUACAUAUUCAUCUACUCUAACAUUUUUCCUGGUGGCCCCAUACAUAAGUUUAAGGUAUUUACUUCUUACUUGGUGAGAUGGACCAUAUUCCUUUCCCGUUUCAGCGAGUUCACUCUCCAUCAAAUCCGUCUAAUGACUGCCAUCCUGUCUAACGUAUUAUCGCUUAUUCUAAGAAAGGGUUCUAGUAAGAUGGAAUCUAUAGUUUCGCUAGUAAACGUGAUAUUCACAGCGUUCACCAGCAACCCAGCAUUGGACUCUAUGUGGAAUAAGAGGGGUAGGAGGAUUGAAUCAGGGGAAUUGAUGGAUGAAAUAAGCAGAUUUUUAGCACUCACUUAUAUCAUAUAUCCCAGUGGGCUUAUCCCUUCCGGUGGUAAUGGUGGAUCUAGCAUCAAAUACUGUGCUAGGCAGACUAUUAAAGGUUUCAUCACUCAAUUUAUUAAGUUGUUGCCAAUGGAAAGCAGAAAGUUACCUAAAUUCUCGUUGUUGUGCGAUGUAUUUGAGGCGGAAGAGGAGCAAACCUGUGUGAUCAAUGAUAAAAAAUCAAUAAUUGAUACAAAUAUGGACCUUGUUGGCAAUGGGGACAAGAGGAGGCGUUACAAUUAUCACUUUAAGGCUAAUGAUGAUUUCAUUGACUUUGAAACUGAUAAAAACUUAGGGAUGCUGUUAGUUAGAGAUGAAUUGGGGGGAGAAAUUGAAGUAAGGCCCGAAUGGAAGUGCCUGAUAGGCAGUAUAUUAGAUUAA